AUGUUCACGCCGGAGUGCAAGUUUAAGGAGUCGGUGUUUGAGAAUUACUACGUGAUCUACUCGUCCACUGUGUACCGGCAGCAGGAGUCCGGUCGGGCCUGGUUCCUAGGCCUCACCAAGGAAGGUCAGGUCAUGAAGGGGAACAGGGUCAAGAAAACCAAGCCCUCCUCACACUUUGUCCCCAGGCCCAUUGAAGGUAAGGUAUCUGAAUGUGUCUGCCAUCUCAUCUGUGUAUUGUCUUUUGCAGGUUUUGAUCGCCUGGAGUAAGUUGGUUGAAGCCCUAUAUGGUGAAAUCAGGGGCCUCGUUUAAAAAACAUUUUCAUGCACAGACUUGAUCGUACAUUGUGCGUACGAUGAAAUCCACAACAACAUGGUGAUUUAUAAAUCUUAAACUUGACGUUGGAAAUAAGUGAUUUACUUGGAUUUGCAUGACAUUUCAUGAUUUAUAAAUGAAACGCUUUUAUGUGAUAUACACAACAUUAUUAGAGUGUGUACUCAUUUAAAAAAUUGCAUUUCCUCACACUGCCGCUACAGUUUUCCUCAUGCUAAUAUUAAGUACAAAAAGUUUUAUAAACAUGGGGAAUAAUGUUGGACCUAUGUUGUUGUCAAAUACUUUAGCUGUAUUUGAUUUACUUUGCACAAUGGCACAAAUGAAAUACUCACAAAAGUGGGUAACGCUUUAUAAUUAUAUCCAGUAAUAAAUCAUUUAUAAGUUAUUUAGAAAUAGUCUGCCCACCAUUUUAUUAAUCAUUAUUCCUAUAUUUUUAAAUGUCAGAAAGCUAGUUAUUCAUGCAUUUAUAAACACCUUUUUAAAUGAUGUAUUGCUGGUUUAUAAGGACAUGUAAAAGGUGUUAAAUAUAGAUACUUAUCUAUAUUAGACUUUUGCAAUAGGCUACCUGAUCUAAAGCAAGUACUAUCUAUACUUUGUAAACAACCUGUUUAUAAAGGACCUGAGUAAUUCCUCCCAAAAAGCUGGACAUGCCAUUAGACAUUCCAGCAGUACCUGAGGUCUCAAAAUGACCUAAAACAUACCAAUGGUGAAAGAGUAACGAUCCAACACAGGAAGUUACAUUUUUAAGGACAGAUACUUAAUAUUUUAUUCCAAAACAGGUUCCAAGAGCAACUUCCUACACUCUGUGGGAGUCCCUGAGCUCGAUCUGACUUUGUCUCUCUGUUUGCCCAUUCAUCUCCUCAUUAUUUGUCCUCCAUGUUCUCCUCUAUCCCCCCCUGCUUCCUGCUUCAUCCUCUACUACAUACACUGUCUGCAGUGUGUAUGUACAGGGAGCCGUCACUGCAUGAGAUCGAGGAGAAACAGCGCUCCAGGAAGAGCUCAGGGACUCCCACCAUGAACGGAGGGAAAGCUGUCAACCAGAACUCCUAG